AUGCCUCAAUCAUUCGCUACCUUUCGCAAUCGCCGCAGCGACGAAUUGGCUCGCCUAGCCGAUGAACACCUUCAGCAGGACUUGCGACAGGAAGACCGCGAUACUUUGAAGUCGGCUGCUUCAAAAGUCUCCUUUUGGACUGGGAUUGGUUCCGCAGUAGGAAUUGGUAUGGGUCUCUAUGUCGCCUUCAGACUGCGCAGCUCGCGCAAGGCUUUCUUCGAUGUUUUUCGCGCGCAGGAGAGACCUACACAAGUGGUCUUCGCCGAUGGUCGGACAGAAUCUAUCCCGGAUAUUACCCCCUUGCUGAAGCCAACCACGCUUGGUGAUUUCGCAACAUAUUUCUUUGCUUCUGCUGGUGGACUCUUUUUGGGUGGAGAGCUAGGCUUCUUGGGAGGAGCAGCUAGUGGCAGUCGCACCAUCACUGCCGACCCGGAGCAGAAGAAGAGGAUUGAGACCGCUUUCCGGCGAUUCCGGGCCGAUGUACUGCGCAAAGAAGCCGACGCGUUGGAUCGCGGAGUGAGCGUUGAGGAUAAGAUGUUUUGA